GUGCAGGGGUUUUUUUCAUGCUACUCGAGAAAGAGGAAAACAACAGAGCGAUUCUGUGAGAGGGGGAACGACAAGCUAAGAUUACAAAGACGGAAGAAAAGUGAGAGAUAAAGAGACGAGACAAAGGUGGAAAGUGGAAAAUUUAACCCUGUUCUGCAGUGGACAUAGGGAGGACUUAUAAUGACGACCGAAACGCAAGAGGUUACCAUCAUGGAGGACAAGCCUUUACUUACGGGUCAAACCAACAGCGUGAAGGACGCUGAGAUCGCAGCCAGAAUAUUGUUGGAUCGGGGUCAGGAGUACAAUAUUGAGACCCCACAUGGUUUGAUGCAUGUGACGCUGUACGGCACAGGAAGUACCCGUCGUCCAGCUAUACUGACUUUUCAUGACGUAGGAAUGGAGAGCCAGAGCUGCUUCUCUUCACUCUUUAAGUUUGAGGAGAUGCAGGAGAUUGUGAAGAACUUCACAGUGGUUUAUUUAGAUGCCCCAGGACAAGAGGAGGGAGCUGCGCCCUAUCCUGCUGGGUAUCAUUAUGUCUCCAUGGAUCAGCUUGCGGAAAUGAUCCCAUCAGUCAUACAGUUCUUUAAUUUCCGCACUGUGAUCGGAGUUGGAGUUGGAGCAGGAGCCUACGUCCUUUCAAAGUUCACAAUUAAAAAUCCAGACUCUGUGGAAGGUCUUGUUCUGAUAAAUAUUGAUCCGAACGCUCGUGGCUGGAUGGACUGGGCUGCCCAAAAGCUCAUUACACUGACUUCUUCAGUUGCUGACCAGAUCCUUGGUCACCUCUUCAGUCAGGAGGAGACUUCGUCCAACACUGAGCUUGUUCAGGCAAACCGAGAGAGGAUCUCAGCAGCCUCCAACCUGACAAACAUCGACCUCUUCUGGAAGAGCUACAACAAUCGGAGGGAUCUAAACAUCGACCGCAACAACACUCUCAAAUGUCCCGUCAUGCUGGUUGUAGGGGAUCAGGCACCAUACGAAGAAGCUGUAGUGGAGUGCAACAGCAAACUGGACCCAACUACAACCUCAUUCCUGAAGAUGGCUGAUGCUGGUGGGAUGCCACAUCUCACUCAACCCAGCAAGUUUACUGAAGCCUUUAAGUACUUCAUCCAGGGAAUGGGAUACAUGGCCUCCUCCUGCAUGACACGACUGUCCCGCUCACGCACCACCUCUCUCUCUUCAUCCUACUCCCUGGAGGGCUCUCGCUCACGGUCACGCACUCUCUCCCAGGGCUCCGUAGGUGGAAAUAUGGUCUCAAGCCCCUCCAACACAAUGGAGGUGUCCUGCUGAAGAGCAAGAGAAGACAAGAGAAGCAGAGAGAGAGAGAGAGAGAGAGAGAGAGAGAGAGAGGUGGAUGGAUGGAUGGAUAAGUGGAAAGCCACUACUAUUGAGAGGGUCAUAGUAAUCAGUCAUAUCCAUUCAUCAAAGUGUAAAGCAUGAAAGGGAGAGAGAGAGGGAGAGACUCCUCUUACCAAAAUAAAUCUCAUUCUCAUGUAUAAUUCGCUCCUCCAAUACUUUAUGGAAGUGAGAGAUUCUUAAGGGAAGUGAGCUGAAAUAAAGCGACACGGGGAGAGAGGGAGACAAAAAGAAAAAAAUCCAUCUCUCCAUCCCUCUGAUAACUUGACAUCUGUGGUGCAGGUAGGGGCCUGUAGAGAGAGACCCAAGAUGUAGUGAUAACCAAUAGUAAUACUUCUAAUAUAGAAUAAUUAUUAUUAUCUAAAAAAUAAUGACAAUGAUGUAAUUGAAAACAAUUCACUUAAUUACAUGUUGAACAAUAGAGGAAAAAAACAUAAUAGCAUAGCAAUACUCAUCACAUGUCUGUGGAAUUCUUUUGGUAUACUAUUUGGUGUGUUUGGAGUGGGUUUUUUUAAAUGAAUUUAUUUGCAAUGGUCAUGUGGCUCUCCUAUAGGGCCAUGGCAACACGUGUUGGAUAAAUACCAUGUCUUUCGGUGGCAGCCAGCUCAUGUCUUCCAUUUGACUUAUUUGAAAACAAAAAAUAAGUGUGGAAAUGGUAAAUAUGGGAAACUGGGUGUUGGAAUAAAAGAUUAAUGCAUUAGGAUGCUCCAAUCCAAAGUGCAUGGUAGAAAUGGUACAGAUUUAAAAAAAAUUUUUUUUUUUUUUGCGUUAUGGUGAUUAUGUGAGAGUACAAAGAUUAUGGAGAUGCCUAAUUGUACAAAGACAAACAGACAAAACAGGUGACUUGUUAAGCUUCUGCCAUCCUUUUUUCCCUCUAGCUGCAUUUUAAGAAGAAAUAAAUUACAGUCAUUUAAAUAUUUAGAACUCACUGCUCUCAGUGUUGACACUAACAAACGCCCUAAUGCACUUAACAACAGUGGCCCUUAUUCAGCAAAGUUGCAUGAAAUAAAGCUCAGAAUUUGCUGCAUGGUUUUACAUAGGAACAAAUCUGUAUCUGAUUCAUGAAACAGUUUCAUUAACGGUGAUAUGAAUGCAACAGAUAAAUCCACUUUUUUCCAUUUUAUUAUUUUUUUUUAAAACAUGCCCCAUGCAUUUGACAUUUCCCAGUUUACCCUCAUAAUAUUAAUCUGUCUAAGAUCACAGUUAGGGAGAAAACAACUGCUUUUUCAAACGUUUCUACAAUUAAUUAUUGCAAUCUGUAAAAAUAAAUAAAUAAAAAGAUUUUAGUUCAUUUUAGAGCAGGUAAGAUGUAACUAAAUGCAGCAAAACUAAAUGUUUCUUAUUAAAAGCUGUGUGUAUAAAUAAAAGUGAGCCAAGUUUCUUCAACAAACUAUUAAGACAAAUUAUUAGGUCAUAUAAACAAAACAGAAAGAAAUGCAGACUACUGAAAUUAAUGAGAUUAUAAAAUUAUUAUAAUUACCUCACUUGUUGUUUUUUUUUCUUCUAAUUAGCCAGGAUAUUAGUCUCCAAUAAUAAACAUCCAGGUAAAUGCUUUAUGAAGCCUCUUGUACACAAAUGCAUUACUGUUACUUAAAUGAAGGACUGAUGAGCUGAAAAAGUUCAGUUUCUGCCCCAUUACAUUUGCAAGGCCAACGCUAAGCCCCUUUACUUGUAUUUUCAUACAAGGUUUCCAUACAUACGAUUGGGAUUAUCAAUAUUAUUUACUGUGUUUAUACUGCUCUUCUGAAAACCUGGCUCAUAUAAUUGAUUAUCAUGUCGCUUUUCCGUAUUUAAACAUAAAGCAAACAUUUUUCAGGUUGUAAAAAAAAUUCUGCUAAUAUUCAUGCUAAUAUUCAUCUACUAUUUUCAGAUGCGAGUUUCAUAUUAAUACACCAAAUAUGAAAUCAAUAAAUCAGGACACUACUAGUCUUGUCCAUUUUGUGUGAUUGGUGCAGAUUUCAUGAAUAAGGGCCAACAUGAACAUUGGAAAAUAAUUUGGAAUUUUUGGAAUUAGCGAUCUUGCAAUGUUUGAUGUUAUACAGUUGUUAAGGCGCUAACUUUCGUAAUGUAUGUCUCAUGAAUGAAUAAUCACUCCAAAAAACAUGAUUUUUGAUUUUGAGUGAUGAUCUGCCAGCAAAUCCACUGCCACCAGUCUGUUACUACUAAUACAGAAUCAAAUGAUGAUAAACUGAAUCAAAACUGCUAAGCUUACAAAGAUUUUGGAUACGAUUAGUAAGCAAUCUUCAGUCUUAAAAAUGACGUUGCUCAAAAAUCGCAAGCCAAUACAAUUCAGACCAGCACUGUUUCUUUUCCCAUACACAACACUUUUUGUGUUGUAGGAACCAUGAUAAUCAGCAUAACACUGCCCUAAAACACAAAAUUAUUACACAAUCCAUUGUUUGAAGUGACACAGAAUCCCAGCGAAAGUGUUGCUACAGUACGUGUAUUUGAUAGGCUAUGUUUGUGUACUUAUAGUGUGCAGCCACACUAAAACUUAAGGUCUUGUUUCCUGUACUGUUUUUAGCACAUCCUCAACUUUUGCCUUGAUGGAAUUCUCCUCUUAAGGGCAAUUAAAAAAUGUAAAUAAAAAAGCAACCCUGACUUUUUGGUAUUAAAUCUGUUCACAUAUUGAACACCAUUGCUAGCAAUGGCUUCCUGUGAUGUCAUCAUGGGACACAAUAAAAAAAAAAAAGCGCUAACUAAUAAAUUAGCCACAGGAUUGCUAAGCACACCAAAUAUUAAGAUAUUUUCUGUGUUUCAGGGUAGAGUUUGUCUUUAAUCAGCUUGUAUGAUGUUUGUUAAAUGGAGGUGGUCUAAAAAUGGUUUUUAAUUGUUUGCUUUCAGAUUUUUUGUUUUUAAUGUAAAAGUAAAUAAAGCACCUGUUGCUCCAUCUUUGGCUUGUGCUGCAGAUGAUCAGUGGUGAUGUCCCACUUUUGAAUUGUGAGGAAAAUGUUAAAAAAAAAAAAAAAAAACAGUAUUGAAACACAAGUAUGGAGUUUGCGUUAAGUCCUUGCUUUUGUUGAGAUUAGUGUUGAAAGUUGGCGCAGAAGAAAUUUAGUUGCUGAUAUGUAUAGAAACGUCACAUGGUAUUGUUGAGUGAAUUGUUAAUGGAGGAAUACACGUACAGGUGUUUGAUACAGAAUGAGUGCAUUUGCAUUGCUGGAUAAAUACUAUACCAAAACACAGUAAAGGGAAAUUUCUGAUAGUUUACUCUGUCGGGAUUAAAAAGGGAAAAAAACAGAAGCGUCAGUAUUUGGGCCGGAGCUGUGAUUGUUCUUCCACUUUAUAUUUUGUUUUUAUUUCACUUUCUUUUCCUUCCUACCAAUGAUACCAUUUUUAAUGUUCAAUCCUCCCUGUUUUUUCUGUUGUAUUAGGUUACCGUCUCAAUGUUAUAAUGUCACAGAUUAGACAUCAGUGUGCUAGUUCUUGUGUAACCUUUUUUUUAGCAUUAGAAUGUAAAAACGGGGGAAUUAACAUUAUUAACAAAAAAAGUAUAACAAAAUACAAUCCAAGUUUCUUGUGUGGCUAAUUCUGUGUAAUACUAUGAACAACCGAAACAAGGUAUUAAUAAAAAGGAAGUAAACCA